AUGAAGCAAGCAACUUCCAUCCUCGCCGCCGCCGGCCUGAUCUCCCUCGCCAACGCCCAUGGCUACAUCACCACCCCCAAGCCCCGUCUGCCCGGCGACGCCAUGUCUUCUGCCUGUGGCCAGCAAAUCUACAACAACCAGAAAUCUGACCGCGCCGGAAACGUCCAGGGCGAACUCCAAAUCGGCGCCAACCAGGAAGACUACAACGAGGAGGCCUGCCACAUCUGGCUUUGCAAGGGCUACCAGUUCGACGACAACAAGGAGAACGUCCAGCAAUACAGCGCCGGCCAGACCGUCGACUUCGUCGUCGACAUCAUCGCCCCGCACACCGGUGUCGCCAAUGUCUCUGUUGUCGACACCGCGUCGAACACGGUUAUUGGCGAGCCGCUCAAGAGCUGGGCUAAGAACUACGCCUCGACCGAGACUGGUAUCACCAAGGACGAUACCGACUUCAGCAUCACCAUCCCUGAUAACCUUGGUAGCCAGUGCUCUGAGGCUGGUGCCUGUGUGAUCCAGUGGUACUGGUUCGCUGAGAGCAUCGACCAGACCUACGAGUCUUGCGUCGACUUUACUGUCGGUGGCAGUGGCAGUGGCAGUGGUAGUGGAUCCAGCGGUAGCGGCAGCAGCGGCUCUACUGCCUCCGGUGCCUCUACCACCACAGCCCCCGCUCAGACCCAGUCCACCGCUAAGGCCAUUGAAGUCCCUACAACCCUGAGCACUGCUACUCGUCCUGCCGAGACCACCACUGAGGCCGCCACCGAAACCGCUCAGGAGACUGCUGUCCCCACAGAUGGUUCCUCGGAUGACCAGAUGAACUGGCUCUCCAGCAUCUUCAAGGCUGUCACCUCGCGCCAGUAA